AUGGACGAGAUCAUUUACGACCAUCUUUCAGAUGACGUAUAUGACCGGAAUGAGUUUAAUUCGGUGGAAUCGACCAUCUCCAUGAUUAUGUUCUCUAAUGGCGAUCACCAUAGCCCUGAACAAGACGCUGUUGCGUUUGUGACAAGUCUGGCAAACACAGAGCUGAGAAAUCUGCUCAACGUCGCUGGUCAACGUGCCUCUGAGGAAGGGUAAGGAUUAAAUUCUUUAAAUAAACCUUUUUAGGAGAAGGAAAGUCGAACUUUGUGAUGUGUUGUGGUGUCUGAGAAAGAAGACAGUACUGCUGUCUAGAUUCUUUCGCUACUUGAAGGAGAAGGAGGAGAUCUUUUCAUUUGAUUUCGGAAGUUUGGCCGGUGUAGAUCAGAUUAAGUAAGAUAAUUAUAAGUUUAAAGUCAUAUAUUCUCAGAUUGGCUUCAUUCAAAGAUGCAUUGUCAUUAUUACUUCCUGAUUGCGUUCAUCUUGAUUUGGUUCUCAAAGGAAUCGAUGAACCAGUGGAAGAUGUGGAAAAGAAUCAACGAAUGGAAAGAAUAGUAGAAUAUAUCCGAACCCUGGAUUCCGAGACCUACAUCGAGUUCAGCAGAGCUAGAAGAACAUGUUUGUAUAAGCUCCCUAAUAGUGUUCUGAUGGAAUGGCUAGGCCAAACCGACCCAUUAAAGAUGGAAAUAAUAAUUGUCUUCAGUUUUCUUGCGUCUGAAGUUGUGGCCGAAAUGGUUGAGAAUGCAUUCAAGUGUAAAGUGGAGGAAGAAGCCGUUUCCUCAAAGAGCAUUGGCCCUCAAAUAGGCGUUGUGUUCUACAAAAUGGCCUUAAGACGACAUCGAGGACAUCUGGAAACUGGUUACCUGCUUCAAUGA